AUGGACCCAGAAAAGGUGCGCACUGUCAAGGAGUGGCCAAUGCCGGAGUCAAUCCAUGACAUCCAGAGGUUCCUGGGUUUUGCCAACUUCUAUCGAAGGUUCAUAGCCCACUUUGCUUGCAUAGCCAAGCCCUUGACAGCACUGGUAAAGCCUAUAGAACGGUUCAAGAAGUUCGAGCUACCAGAGGAGGCCCAACAGGCCUUCCACAAGCUCAUCCAGGCCUUCACAUCAGCAGGAGUGCUUCAGCACUUCGACUACCACCUUCCAACAAGGUUGGAGACUGAUGCAAGUGACUUUGCUAUAGCAGGAGUACUCAAGCAGGAGCAUGAAGGACGAUGGCAUCCAGUGGCCUUCUACUCUAGGAAGAUGUCUUCUGCCGAGAAGAACUAUGAGAUCCAUGAUAAGGAGCUCCUAGCUGUGGUCGCCUGCCUCACUCAGUGGCGACACAUGCUAGCUGGACUACCGAACCAACUGGUCAUCCUCACUGACCAUGAAGCCCUCAAGUACUUCAAGUCACAGAGACGCAUCACAGGUCGACAAGCUCGAUGGGCAAUACUACUAGCAGACUUCGACUUCAUAUUGCAGUAUCGACCAGGAGACAAAGGUGGUGAACCCGAUGCUCUCACCAGAAGGACAGACAUGCAACCAGCCGGUGAAGAGCAGGAUCACAAUGUGAGGCAACUACUGCCUCCUCGAGUGUUCAAGGAGACAGCAGACCAUGACUCGCUCCUAGUGGCCCCCAUGAUCUCGAUGGAGUCCAUAGCAUCAAAAGGUCUCAAAGACCUGGUCAAGAUCUUCCAGCCUUUAGACCAAGAGCUACAGGAGAUACAUAGGAAGAAGCCUUUCGAACUCAAGGAUGACCUAUGGUACAGUGGAGGAAGGUUGGUUAUCCCCAAGGUGAUCAUGCCAGGGAGGACCAACAACCGACACUCAAGGAGUGCCAAAGAGGUAGAUGGACAGUCUCUCUCUGUAGAGCAUCUGCGAUUCAUGGUGAUGACCCAAUGCCAUGAUGGUAUCACUGCUGGACAUGUAGGAAGAGAUGCUACCAUCAAGGCAGCUCAACGACAUUACUGGUGGCCAAACAUGACAGCUUGGAUUGCAGACUAUGUAGCAAGUUGUCCUGUAUGUGCUAGGUACAAAGCUCCUCGUCAUCGUCCAUAUGGUUUGCUACAGCCACUAGCAACCCCAGACAGGCCCUGGGGCUCCAUAUCCCUCGACUUCAUUGAAGGACUACCACCAUCAAAGAAGUAUGACUCCAAGACCUAUGACUCUAUCCUAGUCAUUGUCGACAGGUUAACCAAGUUUGCCAUACUAGCUCCAACCCAUAAGACAGUCACAGCCAAACAGACUGCAGUAUUGCUAUAUGGACACAUGGUUAGACUCUUCGGAUAUCCAGAUCACAUGGUCUCGGACCAAGGCAGGCAGUUCAUAUCAGGAGCAUGGAAGGCAUUUGCAGAGCAAAUGGGUGUGAAGCACUCACUUAGCACAGCCUACCAUCCUCAAACUGAUGGUCAGACAGAGAGAGUCAAUCAGGUCAUAGAGCAAUAUCUCAGGAUGUACUGCAACUAUGAGCAGAAUGACUGGGCCAACCUGCUGGACACUGCGGCCUUUGUAUACAACAACACGGUCCACAACAGCAUUGGUGUCUCACCAUUCUUUGCAUGCUAUGGAUGGAACCCCAAAGCUCAUCCUGACAUCCCUCAACGACUAGGAGUCAAUGAUCCAGGUCGCUUCGAGUACCUCAUGGAUGGAAAGGAGCGUUGCAAGUACCUCCAGGAGCAGAUCAGAGAGGCACAACGUAGAUCAGUAAACCAGUAUAACAGGAAGCACAAGGACAUCGAGUUUAAGGUGGGUGAUAUGGUCUAUAUCAACCGACGAAACUGGAAGACAAGGAGACCCACACCCAAGUUAGACACCCGGUUUGCAGGACCCUACCCAGUUCAGGAACGGGUAGGAUGCCGAGCUUAUCGAAUCAUAUUGCCAGCAAACCUUAGGGUGCAUGAUGUGUUCCAUGUCUCCAUGCUCGAGCCAGCAAGAACAAGUUCUCUUCCUCAACGUGCUGAACAGCCCACCAUACCAUCACUUCCAGAUGAGGACCUCGACUUCGAAGUCGAAGCACUCAUUGACAAGCGUUCACACAAUGGGACUACGGAGUACAAGGUGUUGUGGAGAGGGUACUCAGAGGAAGCUGCUUCAUGGGAACCAGUAGAGAACCUCAACUGUCCCGACCUCAUCCAGGAGUAUGAGGUGUCGGAGGGGGGACGAGUGAGUGGACAGAGUGGAGAGAGGAGGAGAGAACAGGAGGAGUAG